UAAAUACUUCACUUGAAUAAAACUUUCUUUAUUCUUAGUGAACUUCAUCUGGAUACUUAUAUUUCUAAUUUCUCUGUUUUUUUAAGAAUAAAUUAAGUCUGUUGCAUAUUUACUUUAAAUUGGAAUAUUUCUAAAUCUUUUCUUCUUAACUAUCCUGUCAAAAAACCAUAUUAUUGAGCUCAGAUGUUGCAGCUAGAUUCCAAAUCGAAGUACAAACCUGAAUUUAAUGACCAGUCACAGUCGUCCAUCCCAAAGCUCCCUGAGUUGAGUUUUCAAGAUGUUGAGAAAUAUUUUUCCGAUUUGUGGUUUGAACAAAUAUCUAUCAGUGAAGCGGUUAACAGAAGUGAGUAUCAUACGUCAAAUACAGCUGAGAGAAAUUGUCGAACGAUCUCAUCAUCUGACGAACAGUUGUAUAACACUGAAAAUCAUUUGUUAACAAACCAAUUAUCCAUAUUUCCUAAAAAUACCAACAGCCAUAAAAUGAGCACGGUUGAAAAUAGACGUAAAAGACGCUGGAAAACUAUGGCACGUGCUAUGAUUCCUAAAACACAAUAUUUUUAAUAGCCUUAAAUAAUUUCAAAAAUCACAAAGUCCUAAUUGUUGCUUACGUCUAUAUUGUAAAAACUAACCAUAAUAGCUUUAUUUAGAUUCACAAGAAUGAUGUAUAAAUUCUUAAAAAUAACUUGGUAAUUUUUUUACUGAAUAUUGCAUUUCAUAA